AUGUCUCACCUUUCUUGCAUUGUCGGGCAGCUUGCUUCUAUCAAGAACCACACUGAAGAAAACAAAAUCGCCACCAUCGAUGGCCACAGCGUCGACAUCCCUGCUGUAGUCGCUGUCUCUCGUUGGUCGCAUCAACCUGAACUCGACUCGUCUGCUGAAAAACAGGAGGCCAUCGCCGAUGCCGUGGCACUGGUCGCAAAAUUGGCCGGACGUGAGCAAUCACAGUAUGGUAUUACAACUGGCUUUGGAGGAAGUGCUACUACCCGUACAAAACAGACUGCACUUUUACAAAGGGCUCUUCUAGCCCACUGUCAAGCAGGCAUAGUCCCUGCACUUGAAGAUGGCAAAAUUCUCACCCCAGAAGAGCAUGACCUUCUCUUCCCUGAAGACUGGAUCCGCGGCGUCAUGUUCGUGCGCUUGAACUCGCUGAUUCGCGCUCAGUCGGGAACACGUUGGAUCGUAAUCGACAGCUUACAUAAACUGCUUCUGCACAAUGUUGCGCCUUGCGUCCCAUUGCGUCAGAGUGUCAGUGCUUCGGGUGAUCUUGGUCCUCUCGCAUACAUCUCCAGCGUUUUGACUGGUAACCCCGAUAUCUAUGCCUGGUAUGGUGAAGGCGCUGAUCGUAAAAUCUACAACUCCGCUACAUUGCUGAAGAAGCUCGGCAUGCAGCCAAUUGAGUUCAUUGCCAAGGAGGGCCUUUCGCUCAUUAACGGCACAGGAGCGUCUACUGCAGUCGCGUCUCUGGCAAUGCACGAUUGCCAUAUCCUUGGUGUUGCUUCUCAAGUUCUGUCUGGUUUUGCUGUCGAGGCAUUAAAAGGCUCGCAAGAACCCUUCACUCCCUACCUGCACAAUGCCGCCCGCCCUCACCCUGGCCAGAUCGAGUCUGCCGCUAACAUUCGUCACGUACUCUUAACUUCAGGACUUGCGCGCCCUUACCACGUCGAGUCUGACCCGGAAGCGAGCCUUCGCCAAGACCGCUACUGUUUGCGAGCUGUUCCACAGUGGCUGGGACCUCAGCUCGAAGACCUGAAACAUGCACAGGAAACGAUUGAUAUCGAGUUGAACUCGACCACCGAUAACCCCAUUGCUGAUGUCAAGGGAGAGUACCUGCACCACGGUGCUAACUUCAUGGCUAUGGCAGUCACCUCUGCCACAGAAAAAAUGCGCCUUGCGGUGCAUCACAUUGCAAAACUCAUGUUUGCUCAACUCACUGAUUUGUUGAACCACACUAUGAACAGCGGCUUGCCUCCCAACCUCGCCGUCGGUGAGCCAAGUGUCGACUACAGCCUAAAAGGUGCAGAUAUUGCAGCUGCUUCUUAUCUCUCUGAGAUCGCAUACCUUGCAAGCCCCGUUAGCACCCACGUUAUCUCAGCUGAGAUGCACAACCAAUCUAUUAACUCACUUGCUUUGAUGAGUGGCCGUUACACCCUCGAAACCGUCAAGCUUUGCCGCAUGUUAAUGUCCACACACAUCUUUGCUCUCUGUCAGGCAGCGGAUCUUCGCGCUAUGGAAGUUUUAUUCCGCAAGCAAAUGUUCCCCUUACUUCGCUCUGAGACCGAGACACGAUUCCCUAACGUAAAAUUUGACGACGAAUUCUUCCGCCUUCUCACGAACCGCCUCAUCCUCCUCCUCAACGCGUCUACUGACCAGGACUCUGCUAAUCGCUUCACGCAUGUGAUGUCUGACCUCAGGUCCACCUUCCUCGCUCUUCUCGAUAAUUUCCCCGCUACCCCCGAGGUCUCCAUCAAGGCCAUCAGCGAGUGGCACGUAGCCUUGGCAGAACAUGGCCUCCGUAUCUUCCUUGCGAUACGUGAGUCGUACGUACCAGGCUCACCUGACUCAGCCGUCAAGCUUCUUGGUCGCACUAGUGCCCUGUACUCCUUUGUCCGUGGCGAACUUGGUGUAAAGGUGCACUAUGGUAACGCGAGCAAGGAUUCUACCGCGAUCGGUACUGAGAUUGGCAAGGUCUUCCAUGCUUGGAAGACGCCGAGGAUGGCCGAGGUGUUGGUAGGUAUUUUGGAUGGGCAGGAUGCGAGUGCUCCGGUGACCAAUGGCGUCAAGAAGGUGCAGAAUGGAAAUGGGCAUGCGAACGGGCACGCGAAUGGAAGUGGUGGAGGAUACGUAAACUGAUUGGUUUGCUUUUACCCUUUGUGCUGCCAACUAGAAUGAAAUCUCCGCCUUGUCAUCCACAUGACUAGACUAACAUAACGACUCUAGAACCCAGGUUGUUUCACGCUCUAUCAAUCUAUCACUGUAAGAUACUAUACUCUUUUGUUGGAAGGUGUCAAGAUAUAAAUAUACUUU